CUCACCUUAUCGACGUUCUCACCUCCGGAUGCAGCGCUUACCAUCUCUCCAGUCAUAACAUUCACCGUCUGUCCCCCUCAAGCAUAGACCGUCCGCGGGGCUUCUCCGUCGAUGGACCCGAGCACCUCGUUCCCAUCUGCCGCCGCCAACACCUCCGGACACGCCGUUUCCGUUCUGGUUUUGGUGGAAGAUUCGCAGACAAUGCUAGGCAAAUGGGACGACGUCCGACACCGAUACCUGCCCGCCCUACUGCACGGUCUCCGCGUAGACAACAAGACGAACCCGCAAUUUCGAAUAUGGUGGUUCACAAGCUCGCCAGCAUUUACGCCCAUGACGACGACCGUCACUACUUUAGCCGACUAUAAUAACCUGCCUAAUCUCAGUCUCGGCCGCCACACGGACACUCUCAUCUCGACGGGCACCAUCCGACGCUGCGUCAACGUUUACCUGGCCUCUGGCAAACAGCGUCGCACUAACCAGCACCUCAUUAUUAUUGCUGCGUCGCCAUUGCUAACAGGCUCCGAAGGACCUGGCCCCGUCCAGGCUGGCAUUGAUCCUUGGGUGGGCACUGCCUUGGCACUAUGUCAGGAGGAAAUACACCUCCACUUAAUUGUCGGUCCCGCCAAUGAAUCGAGGUCCUUCCGUGAUCUAUUCUCUCGCACGCGCUUUGCCCAGACACUGUCUGAGAUCCCGCCCUGGUUCGAGGUCGAUGCGACUCGCUUUUCCAUCCUCAUCUCGGGGCGUGCAUUGCAGCAGCCACAACAAGGAGCUACCAGCAUGAGGACGACUCCUACUUCGGUGCCCCUCCUCGAUACCCGACGCAGCAGCCCGGAGAUCCCUCUCUCUCCAACCACCACUUCGCCUUUGUCCUCCCCAGCCCAUCCCAUUAGCCCGACAUCCAGCCGCCGUUCCUCCGUCUCAACGACGUCGCCGCCGCGCCCAGACGAGCGCCCCGCCCUCCACUCCAGGUCGACCACGGACACCCUCGGGCUCGUCGGCUAUCUCCAGCGCAUGCACGGCUUGACGAAGAAGCGCAGUUACGGUGCAAAGCCGACCAAACGCACUGCUACUCUCGCUGAGGGCCACGUGCCUGGACGACCGAUCCUACCGCGUCUCGACUUGUCGGCGCCCUAUCCUCGACCACCAGUACGUUCCUCUGAGACCGUUAUUGCGUCGCCGGGCUCGUCGACUGCACCAUCCUCUCAGCGCUCCAGCCCUACUGCCGAGCGGCCGUCUGUUGACGAUCGUCUUGCGUUGAACAGAGGGUCCUGGCAGCCAUUAUCACCGUCGUCUGCCUCCGGUCAAGUGCCUGACUCCACUGCCGCUGCUCUGCGCAGUCUGGAAGCCAUGGCCCCUCGCCUCACCGAAUUUCAUACCCCCGAGCACCCUUCGGCUAGUACUCGCUCGCCCACCGGGCGCGACAUCGGGCGCGGCGCGCAGUUAAUGCAGGCGCUUGCCCGCCGCGACGCGACUUCAGCGGACCUGAGCAUCGAGGAGAUGCACGCGUUGUCUUCCGCCUCCGCGCAUGACAUGGGAGCCACAGACAUGCACCAGCGACCGGCGAUGCUGGGCAGAAGCCUCAGCAUCGACCACGUCUCGUAUUACAACAUGAUGGCGUCCACCAGCCAGGCGCCGUCGCCGCUCCCCUCGCCCUCGCUUACCGCGCCGGAGAGUUCCGCCGAGAGCUCGGAAGAUCAACCCUUCAUUGUGACUCCCGAAUACGAGGCGUUCGUUGCCGCUCGCUUCGAGGAAGCGGUCCGCUCAGGCGCAAUGCAGGCGUCCAUGACGUCCAACGUGCCCGGCACCCUCUCCGCGCCCGCAGUGCUGACGACCGGCGAGGUGAUGGGCCAGGCCCCCGAGAUGCAGACGUCCAUGUAUGCCGGACAGCACCCAGGAACGCAAGGCACCGGCCACCAGACAGCUCUCGCGUUCGACUCGUCUGCUUACUCCGCUUUCCCAGGACAAUCCGCAGAAAUCGGGGGACAAUGGGGACCUGACCAUGGGUAUGUCCAGGAUCCUUCCCUUUACGGAGGGCCUUCGACAGGCGCGUGGCACUCGCGGUGAUGACGGCUCUGUGACUCGUCCUACGCUUAUGACCCAGAAUGCUUCGAAUCGUAAUAGUGUUCUCGCUAUCGUUCCUCUGCAUCGUUAUGCUCGUCCUGUGUUUCAUAAUGUAUCAGUGCUGUUAGUGUCGUGUCCGUCGGUGUAGUGCUCUGCUUACCUUCACGGUAUAUACCCUGCAGAUUUUUGGAGUGGGCUUCAUGUAUUCCUGUAGCAUACCUAGCAUAAUGUACCAUACGACGUUUUGCAGAUGAGGACUCGGACGCGCGUCGCCGUCGGGUCUUUGGUGAAAUCAUGCACUACCG